UAUUAUGUUGAAGUCACUGCCCAUAUAUAUGUCCCACUACGGCAGAACCAAAAAUCUUCCUUGAAAGAUUAAAACAUCAGCACCUUCCUCUUCUUAAGUCUUCUAAUAGAGACAAAAGACCACUCCUAUAAUAACUUACUUCUCGUACUAGAUAUCUUCCAAAGAGAAACAACAAAGCAAAACUAGAACUUCUCUGUUUCACUUAGUAGUUAUGGUGGUUCUACUGAACUCACAUCCUUGUUUUGUUCUUCUUCUUCUUCUUGCAGCAUUCUAUUGCUUCUCUCUGAGCCUAUGUUUCGGCGAAGACAGACUCACCUUCUCAACUCCGAUCAAAGACUCAGAGUCAAAGACACUUCUCUGCAAAAAGGGUAUUUUCAGGUUCGGUUUCUUCACUCCUGCAAACUCCACUUCUCGCUUACGUUAUGUUGGGAUUUGGUACGACAAGAUUCCAGUUCAAACUGUGGUUUGGGUCGCCAACAGAGACGCUCCCAUCAACGACACUUCCGGUGUUGUUUCCAUCUCUGACGACGGGAACCUCGUGGUUACCGAUGGUAGAAACCGCAGUAUAUGGUCUACCAACGUCACAGUACCAGUAGCUCCAAAUGCUACUUGGGUCCAGCUAAUGGAAAACGGGAAUCUUAGGCUACAAGACAACAGAAACAACGGCGAGAUCAUAUGGGAGAGUUUCAAGCACCCCUAUAGCUCUGUGUUGCCAAGAAUGAGUCUCUUGAUCAACAGUAAAACCGGAGAAAACAUCGGUCUUACUUCUUGGAGAAGCUACACAGAUCCUUCAACAGGGAACUACACAGUUACUCUUGUCGCUUUCCCGUUUCCUGAGCUUCUAAUCAGGAAGAACAGUGCUACACAGUGGCGUAGCGGUCCCUGGAACGGCCAGGUUUUCAUCGGUUUACCGGAUAUGGAUUCCCUUCUGAACAUUGAUGGGUUUAACCUCAAUAAUGAUAACCAAGGCACGGUUUCGUUGAGCUAUGCUAAUGACUCCUUCAUGUAUCACUUCAACUUGGAUCCUAAUGGAGCUAUAUAUCAAAGAGAUUGGAGCACUUCUAUGAAUGAUUGGAGAGUCGGUGUUAGGUUCCCAUCCACAGACUGUGAUGAAUACAACAGAUGUGGUCCAUAUGGGAGCUGCAAUUACCGGGAAGACCCACAGUGUAAAUGCAUAAAAGGGUUUGUGCCUAGGAAUAACACUGAGUGGAGUGUAGGAAACUGGAUUAGUGGAUGUGUGAGAAGAGCUCCACUACGGUGCGAGAGACUCAGGAAUGGAACUAGUAACGGAGGAAAAGAAGAUUGGUUUUUGAAAGUGCAGAAGAUGAAAGUACCAGUGAAUGUGCAACCGUCUUUAGCUAAUGCCCAAGCUUGUCCUAAGGUUUGUUUAGAUAACUGUUCUUGCACAGCUUAUGCAUAUGAUCAAGGCAUUGGAUGCAUGCUUUGGAGCGGUAGCUUGGUUGAUAUGCAAUCAUUCUUGGGAAGUGGCAUUGAUCUUUAUAUUCGACUCUCGCAUUCUGAACUCAAAGCACAUAGCAAGAGAGCAAUAAUGAUCACAGCACUUGUGCUAGGCGUUGUGUUUGUUUCUGCGGUUUGUGUUCUUUUAGCAUGCCUGAAACUCAAUAAGCGUCCAGGAGAACCAAAGAAAGAUAGAAGCGUAGAGCAAUUGUUAAAGAGAAUGGAAGAAGUUAAUAGUGGUGAUGAGCCUGCUUCUAACCAAGUUAAGCUAGAGGAGCUUCCGCUCUUUGAGUUUCAAGUGUUAGCUACAGCAACUGAUGACUUCUCUCUCAGAAGCAAGCUCGGACAAGGCGGAUUUGGUCCUGUUUACAAGGGAAAGUUACCUGAAGGGCAAGAAAUUGCGGUGAAGAGGCUCUCAAGGGCAUCAGGACAAGGACUUGAGGAGCUUAUGAACGAAGUGGUUGUGAUUUCGAAGUUGCAACAUAGGAAUCUGGUGAAGUUACUUGGUUGUUGCAUUGAAGGAGAAGAAAGGUUGCUAGUCUACGAAUAUAUGCCAAAGAAAAGCUUGGAUGCAUAUCUAUUUGACCCUUUGAAGCAAAAGAUUCUUGAUUGGAAGACUCGGUUCAACAUAAUGGAAGGAAUAUGCAGAGGUCUUUUGUACCUUCACAGAGAUUCAAGACUAAGGAUCAUACACAGAGAUCUAAAAGCCAGCAACAUUUUGUUAGAUGACAACCUGAAUCCUAAAAUAUCUGAUUUCGGGCUUGCAAGAGUUUUCCGAGCGAAUGAAGAUGAAGCUAACACAAGAAGGGUUGUAGGGACAUACGGCUACAUGUCACCGGAAUAUGCAAUGGAAGGUUUAUUUUCAGAAAAAUCAGACGUUUUCAGCUUGGGGGUUAUACUUUUAGAGAUCAUAAGCGGGAGAAGAAACUCUCACAAGGAAGAGAAUCAUCCAAAUCUUUUAUCUUAUGUGUGGACGCUGUGGAAUGAGGGUGAGGCUGCUUCUCUAGCAGAUCCAAACGUCUUUGAUGAGUCUUUCGUGAAAGAGAUAGCAAAUUGUGUUCAGAUUGGUUUGUUGUGUGUGCAAGAAGUUGCUGACGAUAGACCGAAUGUUUCAACUGUGAUCUGGAUGCUAACAACUGAGAACAUGAACCUCCCUGAGCCGAAGCAGCCUGCGUUUAUAACAAGAAGAGAAAAGUCUGAGGGUGAAUCUUCUAACCAGAGUAGUCAAAAGGUCUCUAUCAAUGAUGUGAGCCUCACAUCUGUUACUGGGCGUUAAGCUCACAAAUCCAAUCUGAUUAUGUAUAAUUAAAAAGGUUUGAAUACGUUUGGCUAAUAAUUAAGUGUGUUGAUUAAAAAUGUGUGGAGUGUUAUAAGUCGAUAUAGACAUUAUGAUGUGUGU